ACCCACCUGAGCUCUCUGAUACCCACCUGAGCUCUCUGAUAACCACCUGAGGCUUUCUUAAGUUCAACUUUCUGAAUUCAAAUUCAGAAAUCAAGAGCUCAAAGAUCUGAGCUGAGAUCAGAAACAGGAAGCAGCACGUGUUUUCCUGUUCCCGGUUCUGGGAUGAUGAUCUGAAGACCUCCUCUGAGUCUACAGCUCCUCUUAUUAUUAUAGAUCAGGAGAAUCAGGGACACCGUGAAACCAUCAGAGACAAGAUGAGGACUGAGAGAGAGGGACUAAAGAGGAACCAGAGCAGAAACAUGGAAUCCGACUCGCCCUCCUCCCUCAGCGACUCUGAGAACAUGAGCGCCGACCCGAGCCCAGUGGAUGGCACUGAUAGGCUGUGUGUUUCUGAGCACGCUCAGUGCGUCCCAUCUCGGGUCCUUCACCUGCGCCAGCUGCCUGUUGACGUCUCUGAACAGGAAGUGCUCGCUCUGGCACUUCCUUUUGGCAGAGUUAGUAAGCUGAUAACAUUGAAGGCCAAAAACCAGGCGUUUUUAGAAAUGGCGUCGGAGGAGGCUGCUGUUGCCAUGGUGAACUACUACACCUCGGCCCCGCCCACUGUCAGGAACCAGCCAGUCUUCAUUCAGUACUCCAACCACCGCGAGCUCAAGACGGACAAUCUGACCAAUCAGAGAGCAGCGCUGCAGGCUGUCAGCGCAGCAGCAGUGCAUUCUGGGAACAUGGCAUCAGGAGGAGAGGGGCGGGGCUUAGUUCUCAGUCAGAGUCCUGUCCUGAGAAUCAUCGUAGAGAAUUUGUUUUACCCGGUGACUCUGGAGGUCCUGCAGCAGAUCUUCAGUAAGUUCGGCUCGGUGUUGAAAAUCAUCACCUUCACCAGAAACAACCAGUUUCAGGCUCUGCUGCAGUUCAGUGACACCGUGAACGCUCAGCACGCCAAGACUUCUCUGGACGGUCAGAACAUCUAUAACGGCUGCUGCACGCUGAAGAUCGACUUCUCCAAACUGAGCAUGCUCAAUGUGAAGUACAACAACGACAAGAGCCGGGACUUCACCCGCGCAGACCUACCCACAGGAGAGCUAGACCCCACCGCAGCGUUCGGUGUAGCUCUGCCUCCGUACGGAGCCGCGGCCUUCCCCCCAACCUUCCACACACACACGGGUCUGUCGAUGGCGGCCGUCCCGGGCUCGUUGGUGUCUCCUCCUCGUGUCUCUCUGCAGGUGGCGCCUCCUGCUGUCCACUCAGUGCUGCUGGUAUCCAACCUUAACCCAGAGAGCGUCUCCCCUCACUGUCUGUUCAUCCUGUUCGGUGUUUAUGGGGACGUUCAGAGAGUUAAAAUCCUCUUCAACAAAAAGGAGAGCGCUCUGGUUCAGAUGAGCGACGGCACUCAGGCUCAGCUGGCGAUGAGUCACCUGAACGGCCAGCGUCUCCAUGGUAACGUGAUCAGGGUGAUGCUAUCCAAACACCCCGUGGUGCAGCUUCCUCGAGGGGGGGCGGGGCAAGAAGAGCAGGUGCUGACACGUGACUUCUCAGGCUCCGCCCUCCACCGCUUCAAGAAACCCGGAUCCAAAAACUUUAACAACAUCUUCCCUCCGUCAGCGACCCUACACCUCUCCAACAUCCCAUCCACCGUCAGUGAGGAGCUGCUGAAGGACUUCUUCUCCUCCGCUGGAUUCACAGUCAAAGCCUUCAAGUUCUUCCAGAAGGACAGGAAGAUGGCUCUGAUGCAGCUGGCGUCCGUGGAGGAGGCCAUCGAGGCUCUGAUCGCUCUGCACGACCACCAGCUGGACCACAACCAGCACCUCCGAGUCUCCUUCUCCAAGUCCACCAUCUGACCCCGAGUCCCCUUGUCCAAGUCCACCAUCUGACCCCAAGUCCCCUUCUCCAAGUCCACCAUCUGACCCCGAGUCCCCUUCUCCAAGUCCACCAUCUGACCCCGAGUCCCCUUCUCCAAAUCCACCAUCUGACCCCGAGUCCCCUUCUCCAAGUCCACCAUCUGACCCCAAGUCCCCUUCUGCAAGUCCUCCAUCUGACCCCAAGUCCCCUUCUCCAAGUCCACCAUCUGACCCCGAGUCCCCUUCUCCAAGUCCUCCAUCUGACCCCGAGUCCUCUUCCCUGAGUCCACCAUCUGACCCGGAGUCUCCUUCUCCAAGUCCACCAUCAGGUCCUGAGUCUCCUUCCCUGAGUCCACUGAUUGGUGGGACUGAAUGGACCAAUGGGAGGGCUUCCUGUGCCUACGAACUCUGUGACAUCACAGUGAUAGACGCUAACGUUUCUAUGGUUACACAGGUUACAGAGCACAUUCCUGAGCAGCCCUGGCGCUGCAUUCUGGGUAACGGAGUCCAAAAAAGAGCGAAUGUGAGUUGAACUGAUUCAGAACUCUUUUUACAGUUAGUCAAAGAACCUUUCAAAAUAAAACAACUUUUUAAGGUUC